AUGGCUUACUCUGAUCAAACUGUUGCUCAAUUAAAAGAAGAAUUAACUUCAAGACAAUUAUCAACUUCUGGUGUUAAAAAAGAUUUGAUUCAAAGAUUAGAAGAAAAUGAUGCUUCUAAAGAAACCACUGAACCAGUUGUUGAAGAAUCAAAAGAUGAACCAAAAGAUGAAUUAUUAGAAGAAGUUGAACCAGAACAACAAGAAGAAUCAAAAGAAGAAUCCAAAGAAGAACAAAAGGAAGAAUCAUCUACAACUGAACAAAAAGGAGAAGAAGAAAAACCAAAAUCUAUUAAAGAAUUCACACCAGAAGAACGUAAAAAUUUAGCAAUUGAAUUUUUAAAUAAAAAAAUUUCAAGAGCAAAAAAAUUUGGUAGUGAAGAAUCAGAAAUUGAAUCAAUCAAGAAAGAUUUAGCUCGUAUAGAAAAAUAUGGUGUUGAAUUAGGUACUUCAAUUGCUAAAGAAAUUGGUUUAACUUCAAGACCUUUACAUGAUGGUCCAAGAAAAAGAUUCCAUGGUAGAGGUAGAGGUGGUAAUAGAGGUUUUAGAUCAAGAGGUCGUUUCAGAGGUCGUCGUGACUAG